ACAGUGUGACUGUGUCAUGAGAUCUGCUCCCAACGAAAGAAAUCACCAACACAAAAGACUACGAAUAUCUGAGAGAUUCCAUUCACAUUACACACUCCAGGACAGGUGACAACGAAAUAAUUAUACCCCGGGAAUUAUACUGUCUAAAUCACUCUGAGAAUAAGCAUUUGCAGAUUCUUCUGACGAUAUCACUAACUUUGCCUCUUCAAGAGUAGGACGGAGAAACACGCUGGUUGAAAAUGCCCUUUGUUCAAGAUCGACAGACACAAACUGGAGAUGGCCCAGGAGCUGCAACACCACAACCGGAACCCGAACGGCCACCUCGACCACCGCUAACCAAAGCACAGAAAGCUCGCAUGGCGGCAGCCAUAACUGGAAUUGCUCUUGGGUUGACAGCAACUAUAGCCAUCAGUGUCGUCAUACCUGGUCUUGGGUUUGCAGCUGGUGGUAUCGUCGCAGGCUCAGUGGCAGCGUCUUCGAUGUCCUCAGCCGCAAUUGCCAGUGGAGGUGGCGUUGCUGCAGGAAGUACCGUAGCAGUCCUCCAGGCCAUAGGAGCUGGUGGGGCUGCCACCGCUGCUUCAGCCGCUGCAGGAACAACGGCUGUUGCUCUUACUGUAAGCCAGUUAGUCGAAGGUGUCAUCAGGUUCAAGAAAAGGCGGAAAGAUUUCCCAACAAGCGAUGCAGGGACUCAAACUGACAGUGACUAAAGAGCAGAGUGCCUGCAUAAAUUUAGUUGAAGUGAAUCAAAAUAGCAAUAAAACUAAAACUCGAUCGGCCCUAUAUGUAUAGAUAGGAAUAGGGGAUCAGUUUUUCAUUACCUUAUUUGGUUUUUUUUUUUAUUGGCCGCUAAGCCAUGUUGCCAUUGAAGUUCGAUUUGAUUUGAUUUGAUUAAUUUUUUUCUUCUGCAUUCAUAACAUUCUUACACAAUACAAUUUUCAUUACGUAACAAAUAUAAUAUACCGGUAAUUGAUUUUGGUAUGAGUCAUAAAGAAAAAAAAAUAAAUAAAAAAUUCAUUCUAAACAAAUAUGAUCUACUACCAACAAAAAUAAAAUAUUUACAGUUUGCAUGAGAUUAAAAGCAGAUUGCUUAAAAAAUGACAACCGCGGAAUAAAACUCAUUAAAUUAAUCAAUACAUUUAUAAAGCAGAAUGGAAAUGUUAUUUUGUUCAUAAUUUUAUAAUGAUGAAGAUGAUAAGAAUGAGGAUGAUGGUGGUAAUGGUGAAAAUGAAGGCCAUGAUGGAGAUGAUGAUGAUGAUGAUGAUGGUCAUGGGAGAUGAUUUGGUGAUGAUUAAAUCACAGGAAAAGUGAUUUAAUGAUUAACUGAAAUACUGACACAGAAAACUCCCUUCAAAUAUUCUGAUGAUAACAUGGAUUUAAUAUUUGCCUUAAAUGAGUAAAGAGACGAACAUUUUUUGAUAGACUCUGGUAGAGAGUUCCAUAAAUCGGGACCGUGUUGUCUUAUUGAUGUCUGUGCAGAAGCAAGUUAGGGCUGAUUAAGUGAAAAUUUGAAGAGUUCCGUGUAGGGUUUGAAUGAAUAGAUGUGUUCAUUGUAUAAAACUGUGGAAUGAAGGUGGAAGCAUGUUAUUUACGUACUUGAACAUCAGCAGUAAACUUUGAAGUGAAUUUAUGUCAAAUACUGUUAGAGUCUUUAGUUUAUGUAAUAAUGGGUUUGUGUGUGCUAAAUACUGCGAAUCAGUAUAAAUUAGAAUAGCUUGUUUCUGUAAUAGAUAUAUUGUAUAAAUUUUAGUUUUUGCACAGGUUUCCCAAACUAUAUUGCAGUACGAUAUAUAGGGUAAAAUUGAUGUAUUGUAUAGUGCGACAAGGGUAGUUUGUGGAAUGUUUUUCAUUUUGAAAAGUACACAUUUCACGAGAUAUGCAACGUAUGUGUUCGUUCCAAUUUAAUUUCUCCUCUAUUGUAACACCUAUUGUAAUGAUUUUGUAUCAUUUUGUCUUUUCAGAGGAUUAUUGUCUAUGAUUAUAUUGUAAGGAAAUUCAGCAAUAUGUGAAUUUGUAUGUUUGAAAUACAUAAACUGUGUUAUAUAAUUAUAUACAUAUAUCAAGUGAAAAUUAAUUACACUUAAACCCUUUAGUUUUGGUAAUUCACGAUUGAUUGUAUCUACUAAAGUUUCUAAACUAUUAUGUGAACAAAAAAUGUUUGUGUCAUCUACAAAUAAUACUAAUGAGAACAAAGGCGUUACAUAAGUCAAAUCAUCGAUCCUUGUGGAACUCCACAUUUUAUUGAUUGAAGGUUAGAAGAAAUAUUAUUGUUAAUUACAUAUUGUUUUUUAUCUGAUAAAUAACUCUCAAACCAUGAUAAUGCAAUUAAUCUAACAUCAGUAUAUAUAACAUCAAAUGACUCCGGAAAAAAAGGAGGUUCAUUCACCAAAAGUCAAUGAUUCGUACAAAUAGGACAAUAUACGUGAUAACUAUGUGGCAAGUGAGGGUAUACCUCGCAGGUAACUUCUUCAUUGAUUAUGUAGGAUUUAUUAAUUCUCUACCGCAAUAAUGUCAACUUUAUUUGCUUAAAAAUUGCAUGCUGGCUGAUACUACUAUUCGAUUGGAAUAAAUUGAUCAGAAUAAAGAGAAAUAAUUUGAACAGCAAAUAUAUCAAUUUUGGCCCUGAUUCGACGUGGCCUUAUAUUCACUUUGAAAAAAAAAUCACCCUCUGUCAAUCCUGUUUACUCUGUCAAUUUUGUCUCGACGAAUCAAGUACACGCACAUGAAAGCAUUAUCUUAUUCAACAAUAAAUUACUGUAUUACUAUCAUAC